AAGAGGAAGAAGAAGAUGGGCCGCUGACAAGAAGAGAAUCCCUGUGGUUAUAUUGUACUAGCAAAGUAACGUUACCUGGGUAGAGUUUGUUGUUUAAUCCUUAAACGUAUUGUUGUGUGGUUGUGUUUUGCUCGGGGUGUCAUUGAAGAUGAUUCUUACCGUGAAGCCGCUUCAAGGAAAAGAGUGCAAUGUACAGGUCACUGAAGAUGAAAAAGUCUCCACAGUGAAGGAACUUGUGUCCGAACGUCUCAACAUACCAGCAAACCAGCAGCGGUUGCUCUAUAAAGGGAAGGCGCUCGCAGAUGAACACAGGCUGAGUGAUUACUCCAUUGGGCCAGAGGCUAAACUGAAUCUGGUAAUCCGUCCAGUGGGAGAGAGGACUGGAGCUUCAGGGACGGCUGCCAGCAGCAGUAGCAGCAGCAGCAGUAGUACCACACAUGGAGGAGUGUGGCAGACCGUGUCCACUAUACUUGCUAGACACUUUAGUCCAGCAGAUGCAGCAAAAGUCCAUGAACAGCUUAUUAAGGACUACGAACGUUCACUUCGACAACUCAGUCUUGAUGACAUCGAGCGCUUAGCAGGAAAACUGCUUCACCCAGACAGCGAGGGCAUGGACACCUCAUACAUGGACUAAGAAUGCCAAGCUGGAUGUUGCUUUUUUUGAUUGUCUUUUGAGAGGCGCUCAGUGCUUGGAGAUGCAUACAGUGUUUAGGGUGUGAGGCAUGGAAAAUACAGUAUCAGUUUUCUUGCAGAGAGCCCCUGGUUUGUGCCUAAUCAGUGGCUGAGUGAACACGAAUAACACUGACUGUUGAUUAUCUCAGCAAUAGGGCUUUCUUAUCCACGACCAAAGGACUUGGAUAAGAAAACUUUGCCACUCUGAAAUGGUCCUCGUCAUUGAUGUUGCAGUCAUGACACAAGACCUGAUCACAUAAUAUUUGAAUACAAAGGAAUCCAUUUAUGCUGUUUGUUUCACAUGAUCUCCGGCUGCUACAACUCCCAGGGGGACGCUAACUUCUACUGGAUGGUAUUAGUAAUGUCUGUGUUGGAUGAUGAUGAUGACUGGGUGUUUUCUGUUUAUGAUCUGUGCGAAGGUAACACAUGUUUUAUCCCAUAACUAACUGAUGGUCAUUGUAUGAUUUGUAAAUAUCGUGUUUAUAUAUACAGACAUUAAAACAGAAAAAAACA